CGUUAGAACGUAUAGUGAUUACCACGUAGUGAUUAUAUGCUCAGUGGUGAUUACAUUAUUAAUUUAUUAUGCUCUUUGAUGCUAUCCACCGCGUUGUUAAUCUUAUAAAUAAAACAUCGGCGAUCAUAACUGUAUAGCCUUAAUGAAAUGAGACUGAAUCGCAUGGUUAAGUAUGAAGGGGAUGGGAUGGAACUGGAACGUAUUUUAGGCGGCCAGAUUUUAUUCCUUGGGUGCUUCAUUCUAGGAUAUCACUCCGGCAAUAUGGAUACUGCAUUAGCUCAAAAAUAUUUACAAGUAAUAGCUUCCAUAAUAGCCCAUCUACUGGCAAGCCAGGGCUUUGAACUAGCCUGUAUUGCCAUUUGUACUGCAGUAAAGAGUAAGAAGCUACCUGUUCUCAAGCUAAAGGAAAAAUACAAACUCUCCCUGUAUGUGCUGCUGUUGACGAUACCUAUCACUGUGUGCUGUGGGCACUUGUUAGUAAGAGAAGAGUUACUGAUGUUAUGGAUGGCUUAUGCACUAGUCAGAUAUUUACAAUGGAAGUGCCAACCAACAACAAUAACAUAUGGUGAGGCGCUGGCAUGUAGCUUUGCAGAAGGCUACCUGUUCCAAGUGAUUCCUCCUGGUGGCGACUACGAGGGAUUGGUGGAAGCUAUAAGGGCUGCUGCGAUGUCCCGGCGUACGGUGUUUCCAGUGCGGCGGCUGUUUGUAGUUUUCCCGCGCUCCCUACACUGUCCGCGCAGCCUCGAAACUUUCAAUAAGAACGAUGAACGCCUGCCGCGCUUAGAACAAUGCGCUAGCCUUCCUGAUAUCAUCCGCCACGUGGCGGGCGUGUGUAACCGCGUGUACCGCAACACGGUGUACAAGAUCCGGCGGCACCCGACCGACCCGCGGCCCGUGCACGUGGUCUGCGCCACUCCCAUCAACACGCUGUGGAUGGUGCUGCAGAAGCGAGCCGUUUACACGCCGAUGGCGAAGGCGGACGAGGAAGAAAUUGCAGCGUCGUUCUGCGCCACGCUGCCGAGCAUCAUCCGCAACAGUCCAGAGUUGCGGGACAAGUGCGAACUGGUGUACUAUGACGGUAAGAAUCACCAUAGGGCACACCCUGUAUACGUAGGUAUAUCUGGUGUAGACCAGAGGGCCUAUCGCGAACCAUGUUCGAAGGGCUGCCUCCCAGUCGCACUUUCGUACGAAUUUACAAGUGCGACAGAGAGACAACACGUCGAACGUGGUUCGCGGUUUGCCCUCAGGGCAACAGUUCCACGAAAGCUCAUAACUUGUGAUACACAUGGAAACCUCAACUUUAUCUACUUUUAAUACUUUUCAAAACUUACAAGGAACCUUGUAAACUGAAACUGGCCACAGGUCCAAAAAUGUGUGAUUUCUUAAUCUUAUUCUCAACUAGCAAGUUCCGUACCGUAAGUAAACAAUCGUAAAGUAGUAAAAUCAAAUAAUUGUGGAUUUCCAUGUCAAAAAGUACCUUAUGACUUAUGAAGUUACUUGUACCUUGUACCAUAUAAUACUUUUGACAUGAAAAGCCACAAUUAUGAAAUAAUGCAGCGAAGACAGCAGUUAGGUGGUGUUCUCAGAGAAACCACUGGAACUGAAGUAAAAAAAAAAUUCCUUU